UGGUGAUGUCAUCAAGAUGGCUGCCACACAUACCGUGACGUCACUAAUGGGACACCCACAAUGGCGGCUGCUCGGGACAGCGAUAUUUCGUUGUGGCUUCACAAUAAACUGGGAACAUCCGCCGACACCUGGUCUGAGGGCUCUAUAUGUGCACAGCUGAAUGUAGAAGUGCUCAGGAAUAUAAAGGAAUGCUUUGUUGAACUCCAGACCCAAGUUAAACUAAAAUUACUGCUGUCUUUCUUCCACAUCCCUAAGCGCAAUGUUGAGGAGUGGCGGUCAGAGCUGGAGGAGAUCCUGGAGGUGGCAGUGGUGGACAGUGAACCCUGGGUGGCCAUGUUGGCUGAGAUCAUGCGAACUUGUCCAUCCUCCGGUAACCUCAACCUGGACAUCAGAGAGCCACCGGAGAACCAGCGAAUUACACACGACUUGAUAACGGAGCUUCGCAAGUUAGUUAAGAAGCACAGUGAGCUGGGCUUACUCCCCAUGGAGUGCAACUACCUCAACAGAAAUGCAUUUAUGGCUGCUGCAGGCGGUCAGGCACCUCUCACCAAACACUUUGCUCUUAAGAGAAAACCAAAGGCUGCAGCUCUGCGGGCAGAGCUGCUCAACCGUUCAUCUGAUGCCCAGGCAAAUGUCAAAAAGAGUCAGCUGCCUACUGUCCCUGUACGCUCAAGAGGCAUGCCACGCAAGAUGAAUGACACCACACCACUGAAGGGUAUCCCCAGUCGGUUGCCAGGAUCUGGUUUGAGAGGGUCUGGCUUAGGCUCCACCCCAGUCAGCCGGCCACUUGUCCGCUCAACAGUCACUCGUAAAGACGGUGGCAUCAAGCUCUUAGACAUAACAGAAUCACCCAUUGCUGUUCAACAGGCCAAGAAAAGAAGAAAGCUACAAGACACGGCUGAUGCCAAGGCUGCAGAUGCUGAGGAGAAGCGAAGAGAACAACAGCAGGUCGAGGGGAAGCAGACGACACCACAGCAGCCGGCACAGCAGCAGCAGGCAACCCCAGACUAUGCUGCUGGCCUCACUCCCUCCAAUCCCCCCACGCCUGGUCCCCCGACGCCCUCCACUCCGUUAUUGUCUACGGCUGCCGGAACAACGUCCACACUACACACUGGUGCUGUGGCGGUUGGCACUAUAUCAGCACGGUCCACGCUACAACAAACAACAAAUACUGGUGGCAGAGCAACACCGUCUACCCCAACCACCCCCUCUGGUGGGACAACACCUCAGCGUAUCAUUGUAACACCUAGUACUCAAGCUGCUGGAUCUCCCACAGUGGUAUACAGAACAGUGACACACACACCAGUGUUUACUACAGCAGAAGUUGUCCAGGCUGCCACAGCAGUUACAGUGACCCCGACUUCUGGAGAGACUCCCACCACUGUUGGACAGCCACAGUAUGCCACACUACAGCCUGUACAACCAGAACUGGUGUAUUCUGCUACUCCUCUGACCACAGCAACUCUCGCAGCAGCAACAGCAGUUACACCGGCACCUCAACAACAGCCACAACAAUCGCAGGCAACCCAAGUUAUCACUGUUGUGCCACAGCCUGAGGCACAGCAACCACAGCAAGUUCCCAUCAACCAGGCAUCUGUCACCACACAACAGCAAGUGUCUCAACAAAAGAGAGGACUGUCACUCACUAAAGAGCAAAUGUUGGAGGCACAAGAAAUGUUCCGUACCAGCAACAAAGUUACAAGGCCAGAGAAGGCCCUUAUUCUGGGCUUUAUGGCUGGCUCCAGAGAGAAUCCCUGUCCACAUCUGGGUAAUAUUGUGACAAUCAAGUUAAGUGAGGGAGAGGAGACAGUGUCGCAGCCAGAAGGAGCAUUCAUCAACAUGCUUGCUGAGACCCACUUCCAAAUGAACUACAAUACUGGAGAAUGGAAACGCAUAAAAAAAUACAGACCACUUGCAGCAGAGUGAUCCCAGGAGAAAUUCCUGUAGGGCAACAUGGGUGACGUGCACAUCCUGUGGUCCUGCCACUGAACACAGCUCCGUGCUGAAGAUCUGCCUGUUUAAUGUUGGUUCAGGCUUUGUUGUAAUGUGGAAAAAUAGGAUGUUGGCAAGACACCUUAGGAGUGAAGUGCUUUAUCUAAUUGUAGAAAAGUGUCUGUGGGAACUUUUGCCAUAUAUUAUUUAUAUGUGCUUUCUCUGGUGCCAUUGGAGGAGACACUGAGACAUGGGGUGAUAACCUUAUAGGUUUCUCUUGUGUCUAUGAAAGUGACUGUUGGGAGCUUUGGUGACACCAUGGCUUAUAAUUAUAAAAGAAUGAGAAUACUCACUCAUAUCAUGAAUAUAUCUGCAGGUUACUGUGUCAUGGACCACUUACUGUAUUUGAAUUACACUUCAUUUACCUGUGAGAAAUGUUUCUAAAUGAUGAUUGAAAACAGUUGUUAACAUUUUGAAUAGCAUAAGAAUGGUUAGUUGCCUGUGAGCAACAGUCAGAGCCUGUGAUAGUUUGUGCUGUCAAUGUUGAUUACAUAAGUUUAUCUCUUUUCCUUAGAGAUGGAUCACUUACAUGUCAUUUACUUGGACCAUUAUUUCUGACAUACUUUUGAGAGAAAAUGGAAUUAUUUCCUUCAUAUUGGAGAAUUACACUAUUUAGCACAUGCUAUAUGUAUUUUUUUUGCUGUAGAAUUAAAAUGAGCAACUUGAGUUUUUGGCAUAGGGGACCACGUCUGCCUGAGUUGGCGAGAUAGGUCCUGGGGCCAAGGCCACUUGAGGAGGACCUCCAUGAGAGGUCAUUCUCAGAUGCUGUACCUGCAUAACUUAGAGUUUAGUGUAUACUCUGCCCUAUUCUGAUUCUCUGUUAUCUUUCUUGUACAUAAAAUAUAUUCUUCUUGCCAUGUUGGAUAAGGAAAGCUGAAACGUCGACCUCUAGUCCAGUGACGUAUGGAGUGUGCACGGAGUGGCUUUGGCUGCCACUGUCCGUGAGAGAUCUCAUGCCAGCCUUUACCCACCACCAUCCCCACUAAACCCACAAUUGCAAAGAAUAUAUUGAGAUAUAACAGGUGAUUUGCACCUUUUUGUGCAACAACAUUUUUGGGGGAAUGUGGUAAUUCUCCAUUCUUGAGUCAUUCUUUUUUACACAAAGAUUUUUCAUUUUUGCUGUAUUUCUUUAGAAUUCACUUAAGGUAUUUUUACUGAUGAAACUUUUUCCUAGAGAAACUCAUGUUUGAGUAACUUGUCUAAGUUGAAUGCUUCUUGGAAGCAAAUGUGAUAGCAUAUAUAUAUAUAUAUAUAUAUAUAUAUAUAUAUAUAUAUAUAAUAUAUAUAUAUAUAUAUAUAUAUAUAUAUAUAUAUAUAUAUAUAUAUAUAUAUAUAUAUAUAUA